GUUUCCCACCUGCUGCGGACCGCCGUGCGGGAGCCCCGAGAGCUCCGGCAGCUGGGUUAGGGCGCGACCCGCGCAGUGUGACUGGAAAUCUGGAGCUGGGGGCGCGCAGCAGGCGGUCUGGUGGUUCGGCAGGGGAGCCAAAUCCACCAGGGAAGGAAACAUCUGGUGGGGAGGCGGCGGCAGCUGCCCUCGGGAGGACGCCCCCUUAGCGCCCUCCGCUCCCUCCUUCCCGGGCCCGGACGGUGAGGAGAGGCCUGAGCGCGCGGAGGGGCCGCCCCACCUCCCGCGCCAGCUGCAGCGCGGGGUUGCCUUCCCACGCGCUCGGCCCAGGCCCCGGGGCCCCUAUCUCCUCCAAACUCUGUCGCUCCCCACAGGAACCAGCAAAGCGGGCCGGGGUGCGAGAGAGGCGUGGGCUUACAGCCCGGGUGGGGAGGCGGCCUCCGCGUCCGCCUGGUCUCUGGUGGCGCCAGCCCAGACCCAGCUCCGGCGCUGACAGUUACCCCGCCCCCAUCUGUCCCGCUCCCAGCCAACGCGGGUCCAAGCUGCAGCGGGACCCUCGGGACAACGCCACUCCGUUUUUCUUUUCUUCCGAGUUUCGUGGCUGUUUAAAGAAUUGGGUUUGGGGUUUGUGGCGUCUAAUUGUACGGACGAGAAGUGCAGGAAGCGACAAAGCUCUAGCCCUAGGAGCCACCCCGGAGGGAGGCGGAUGGCACCCUCACCCCUAGGGGCAUUCUGGCGCUUGGGUAGCGGGAAACUUCGCGGGAGCCCCGCGACACGUCCCAGGGGUCUUUUCUCCCAGGUCUAUUCCCAUUCCUCCGGAGAAGGGGACACAAUGGGGCUGGGGAUCUGGAGCAGGGGGCCUGCACCCUACAGGGACCAAGGCCUGUAGGACUCGUUUGAGCUGAGAGCGCCAACGGACAGACGUAGACUGUGUGGCCUGCAUCUUGCCUAGGAAGCCGAGGGGCUCCUAGUCCGGCAGUGGAAACAGCGCGAAGCCGGAGAACUGCAGGUCCUGCCCCGGCCCAGAGUUCCCAGCACCCUCGUUUCUGAACCAGCCGAGGCCACGGAGAACUGCUGUACUGCAGCUCACGUGUGAACCCGGUCACCAUCGCCUUCACCCCGGGAGGAAGGCAGAUUCGUUUACUCCAGACCACCUCGACUGUGGGGUACCGCCCCCGGAGCCGGCUGGAGCCUAGCGGCAGGCGCAGCCACGCCCUCCCGCUGCGCUCAGAUUUCGACCUGGUAUUAGGUGAACUGAUUGGGGGUUAAUGAGAGCGACGCCCCGGGCAGCUAGUUCCCUCCCGGGCCCGGGCCCGACCCCCGCUCUCUGCCAAUGCAGCCUGCGCGCUCUGGCGUCCUGUCUUUUUUGUCUGCUAAAUUGUCGGUGCACUACCGACUCGGGACACCUAGCAUUUCCCAGUCAACGUUCGUGGAUCGGGAUCCACCUCCCUAGGACAAGAUUUUUUGGUCUCCUCCGGGCUGGGGCUGAGCAAGCCCUCGGAGUGACCGUGGGUGACAGCGGCUCCAGGGACUCUUGGGGCGCAGUGGGGAAAGUGCCGGACCACCAUGCCGCGCUCAUUUCUCGUCAAAAGCAAGAAGGCUCACAGCUACCACCAGCCGCGCUCCCCAGGACCAGACUAUUCCCUCCGUUUAGAGAAUGUACCGGCGCCUAGCCGAGCAGACAGCACUUCAAAUGCAGGCGGGGCGAAGGCGGAGCCCCGGGACCGUUUGUCCCCCGAAUCGCAGCUGACCGAAGCCCCAGACAGAGCCUCCGCAUCCCCAGACAGCUGCGAAGGCAGCGUCUGCGAACGGAGCUCGGAGUUUGAGGACUUCUGGAGGCCCCCGUCACCCUCCGCGUCUCCAGCCUCGGAGAAGUCAAUGUGCCCAUCGCUGGACGAAGCCCAGCCCUUCCCCCUGCCUUUCAAACCGUACUCAUGGAGCGGCCUGGCGGGUUCUGACCUGCGGCACCUGGUGCAGAGCUACCGACCGUGUGGGGCCCUGGAGCGCGGCGCUGGCCUGGGCCUCUUCUGUGAACCCGCCCCGGAGCCGGGCCACCCGGCCGCGCUGUACGGCCCGAAGCGGGCUGCCGGCGGCGCGGGGGCCGGGGCGCCAGGGAGCUGCAGCGCAGGGGCCGGUGCCACCGCUGGCCCUGGCCUAGGGCUCUACGGCGACUUCGGGUCUGCGGCAGCCGGGCUGUAUGAGAGGCCCACGGUAGCGGCGGGCUUGCUGUACCCCGAGCGUGGCCACGGGCUGCACGCAGACAAGGGCGCUGGCGUCAAGGUGGAGUCGGAGCUGCUGUGCACCCGCCUGCUGCUGGGCGGCGGCUCCUACAAGUGCAUCAAGUGCAGCAAGGUGUUCUCCACGCCGCACGGGCUCGAGGUGCACGUGCGCAGGUCCCACAGCGGUACCAGACCCUUUGCCUGCGAGAUGUGCGGCAAGACCUUCGGGCACGCGGUGAGCCUGGAGCAGCACAAAGCCGUGCACUCGCAGGAACGGAGCUUUGACUGUAAGAUCUGUGGGAAGAGCUUCAAGAGGUCAUCCACACUGUCCACACACCUGCUUAUCCACUCAGACACUCGGCCCUACCCCUGUCAGUACUGUGGCAAGAGGUUCCACCAGAAGUCAGACAUGAAGAAACACACUUUCAUCCACACUGGUGAGAAGCCUCACAAGUGCCAGGUGUGCGGCAAGGCAUUCAGCCAGAGCUCCAACCUCAUCACCCACAGCCGCAAACACACAGGCUUCAAGCCCUUCGGCUGCGACCUCUGUGGGAAGGGUUUCCAGAGGAAGGUGGACCUCCGAAGGCACCGGGAGACGCAGCACGGGCUCAAAUGAGCACCCUGGCUGGCUGCAAGCAGCAGCUACACAACACUACAGAGGGCAGCCUCCCUGCUUGCCACCACUCUGCUCCCUGUUUGCCUCCACUCCCUUCUGACUUUCCAGACCCCAGGUCCAGUCUGCAGAUCCUACCAGGUUGCUCCUCCUUUGCCUUACCUCCUGGAGCUGCCAGAAGAGAUGAGGUACCUUUUCAAAGUGCAGCCGAGAGUGAGAACCAAGUGACUCUCUAGGCUUCGGACACAAAUAGGCUCCUCUACACCUGAAGACAAAGGCAAAGUCAAAUGGGGACCAGAAUAAAUCUUAGACCCCACAGUCCUUCCCAUUUCCAGCCCUAAUCUACAGACAGGAAUGCCCUUCAGGUUUCUUCCCUCCCUCUCUUGACCUACCCCAGAUAUUUGUGUGGAAGAGGAGGAAUCACCAUUUACAAGGUGGACAAAUGCUAAUAUUUUUAUCUAGAAAGAAGAGUGAGUGUUAACUUUUAUUUUUUUCCUUCUGGGGGGUCUGUUGACUCCUUUCUUUUGGGUGCUGCCUAAAAAUCUUGGAGGAAUCAUUUCUCCCCCUCAAAAACUGAUUCAGAAACUGACUUGGGGAAGGAAUUUAAUACUUUGAAGUCAUGAGAUGCACCACGGAGGCUACCCCCAAGAAGGAGCAGAAGAGAAGUUGGUAAUGAGAGGGGAUUAGAGGUCCUCCCUUCAGUAGGCCUGUGAAAGCCUCAUCACUGGAGGUAAAAGCACAAGCAAUGCCUGUGGACAAGAUGUCAUUCAUUCACUCAGCAAAUGUUCAUGGAUCACCGGCUACCAAGGUACCAGGCACCAUGCUAGGUAUUGGGGAAGAGAGACUGAAGUCACAACCCCUGACUGCUCCUCAAAAGCUAACGGUUGCACCUCCAAGUGGCUGGGUCUGUUCUUACUCUUGGAGGGAAUUCUGAGAAGACAGCACAGAAUUGUAAACCUUCCCUUUUGACCCUUUUGGAUUUUAUCAGGUGUAAACAAAAAGCUGAACAGUUACUUCAAAGAUAUGUGUGUAUAUUCAGUUUUUUAUUGUCAAGCUGAUAUUUUAAAGAUUUCUGAGCUAGCAGGCAUGUGGGAAGGAAGGCUCUGUCUUCAACUCUUUGACCCUCCAUGUGUACCACAGAGGGGGGAAAGGUGGUAUUUUCACUUUGAUGAGGUUGGUAAAUGUUUUUAGAUCUUCUGGUAAGCAUUAUGUUUGUUAAUACAUAUUUAUUAGAGUGAUGUUUUAAGUUAAUAAAGUAUUAAGAGUAUUACAGAUUGCCUUUCCUUUAGGCAGGGAAUUUGGGGAAGACCUUUGUUUUAGUCUGUAGGGGGAAAGCUGGCACUGAAGGAAACUGCAAUGGAGUAUAAAAGUGAAGCACACAAGCUAAUAUCCAGAAGAGUAAAAUCCAAUUGCUCGGGUUUCCAUAUACUUUCUCCUUUGCUGCUACACCUCAGAGAUACUUCUUUCAUCUUCUUUCAUAAGAGAAAAACUAGGAGGUGUACAAAACUAAGCUACUACCUUGUAGAGCCCCUGAUGGUUCCACAGGCACAUAAGUAAGCUCUUUCCUCUGAAAAUGUCAACAUAUUUUUUUAUGGGCCUGAAGGCUCCCAGAUGAAUAAAGAAAUCACAGGUCUUAGGUCUAGGUUUUAGUUUUAGUCACAGCUCUGUCACCAACACAUCAUGUGACUUGUGUAAAUCUUUUGACUUCCCCGAUACUGGUUUCCUUGAUCAAGUAAUACGGAGACAGCUCUGUCAUUCCUGUCCAACUUUGAUUCCUGUCCUGACUGCUUUGAUUCUGUGGAGACUGGAAAGGAAAAAAAGUGUGAGAUUGGUUAGCUGCCUCCCCUAAUGCAAGUCACAAAUCUAAAGGCCCAUGAGGAUCUGGGUUAUUUCUGGUUCUGUCCCACCUGUGGGAGUUUUUUGCAUAAGUCAAUCCUUUAAGAGAAUGAAACCAGAAUAAAAUCCUGGCCAAAAUCCCUACUAUUAGUGCUUUAACACCUCCCAGCCAGACAUUCAGGGUAUGCAUGCCCCAUGGUGAGAACCAGCAGAUUGCCCAUUUCCAACUCAAAUUGAUUUCACACAUAUAAUUGAGCACCCAGUAUGUGCUGGGCACUCUUCUGGGGGGUGGAGAUAUAGCAGUGAGGACAAUGUCUUACGAAGCUUUAUUUAUUCAUUGUUGAAUCCUCAGUUCCCAGAAUAGUGCCUGGCACACAGUAGGAGAUUAAUAAAUAUUUACUGAGAUGUUAAGUGAAUAAACAGAAAAUAAGCUCCUGCUUCAUCCUAGGGCCUGGCUCUGCUCUCUACAGCACAAAGGGAAGAGAGAUUGCUUGACAGCCUGGGAAACAAAUAGAAUCCACACGACUUUCUCUCCAGGUUGGCAGGGAAGGGGGGCUUGAAUGCUGCUUUUCUCUGGUUUCUCCAAAUCUCAGUCCUUGGCUGUCCUCACCUGAUUUCCAGCACCAUGUCUUUCCAUGUCAGUUUACUCUCAUUCAGAAUUUAAAUUUGUUUACUCUGUAAUUAAGAUAGUUUUUCAGAACUGAUGGAUGAUGAACAGUUGCAGCGUCCAGGAACCACUUCCUAGUGUCCUGGGAGACAAUCCUCCCAGUGAAUAAAAAUGACAAAAACAUCCUUCCCACAGAAGUCACCCUGUGUACUGGUUGGUUAUUUCCAACCUGGUUUGAAAAGUAAAGAAGUUGCACUGAGGGGUAAGUAGAACUGAUUGAAAUCUAGGUGCCUGUGCUGUCCUGCUCUUCCCUUAUGACGUUUAGAACAUUUGGUCCAUUUUUGUUAUCCCUGUUUAUGCUCUAAGUGAGGAAUUGUAAUUUUGAUGUUAACUGUAUGCCUUUUUUUUUUUUUUUUUUGGUAAAAAAUGUAUCUUGAUAUCCCCAGUUCAGAAUCAAAACAAAUUACUGUGCCUGUUACCGUGUGAAAUUUGAAGAUUGCAAAUAUCUCUCUUAAUGUUAUUACUUGACUCCAUUAAAAAUAGAUUGUGAAUAUUCCAUGUCACAUUAUUCAUGAGGCAGGCUCUAUGCCUUUUGUCUGCUGGAGUAACAGUAGAAAGGGUAACAAGAGACACCAGAGCACACCUUUGUUUCUUUCACUAAAUUUUUAAUAACACCUCCAGCUAGCCAGUUGGUGAAGCUCAGCUCUUGCAUAAAAGUGGAAAAGCACAGCUAUCUCUGAGAAGACCAACUCUUUCAGCAGCUAAUUUGAGUUUGCGUUCAUCUACACCAGACGUGAUUAAAUUACCUAUCAAGUGUGCUGAGCUAUCAGGAUUCAGGCCACGUAAAAGGUGAAUUUCAUCUGAUUGAUUUGAGACACAAAUGGAACAAUUGAGUUUUAAAAGCCCCGCCUUAAUUAAAGGGAUAGAAGAGUAUCACUCCCCGGCGACUUCUUGACUGCCAUUGCCCUUGAAAACUGGGUGGUGAUAGUGAUUUGACCCAAGUCACUUUGUUGUGUGCCUGUUUGUUCAACCUGAUCAUUUCACAGAAAGAAAUGAACUCAGAGGAAAACCUGAAAGGACUUCACUACUUCUUACUGGGCAUUUCUAGAGCACUGUUUGUUUAAAUCUGUGUUACCAUUAUUAUUUCUACAGAAAAAACUUUUUAGGAAGUAUAUAAUACGUUUAUUUUAACCCCCUUUUCCCAUUCAUUAAGUCAGAUUUUAAAAAUUAAAAAGUUAAAGAAAUUGCACCCUAAAUCCUUCUAGCUUAAAAGCUUAUGUUCUUUUUGUAUGUGUUCCUUUCUAGUUUGUUCCUUUCUAGUCUUUAGGCACAUGUGUGUAUAUUUAUAUUUUAUAAUUUUUGUCUAGAUAGCUCUUUUAUUAUAUGGACACAUACUUAAAACAGAUAUUUCACAAUGAGAAUUUGGACAAUUUUAUGACCAAAUUUUAUUGAAAUCUUAGUAUUUUAUUGGGAAUCUUAUCAAUCAUUGAGAAAAAGUCUUUUCCGAAGUUUAAUGUUAUCACUUUUUGAAUAAAACAUUUUAGGCAUACUGGAAAUUGCAGAGAAUAAUAAACAUCAGUGUACCCACCAUUCUGCCAUAUUUACUUCAGAUUUUAUUUUUGAAAUAACAUGUUACAGGUAUAGUUGAAUUUCUUCUGGGAUAUAUUCCUCUCUAGCCCCAUUUCCUUUAUUUUCUCCUCAGAGCAUCCAUUAUACCAAAAUCAGUAUAUAUAAUUGCCACGAAUAUUUGUAUGCCUUUAAUUUAUACAUAAUUCCAUAAAUAAUAUAUAAUCAUAUAAAUAUAUAAUUAAUAUAAUAAACAUAUAAUUGUAUUUAUAUAUAAAUAUAUAAUUAUGUAAAUAUAUAAUUUAGCAUAUUAACUUCAUGUAAAUGGAUUAUAGUUUAUACUUCUGCACUUUUCUGUUUUUUUUGCUUAACACAUUGUUUUUGAGAUUUAUCCAUGUUGAUAUGUGCAGUUUAGUUCCUUUAUUUUAACCACUGCAUAUGGAAUUCCAUGGGAUGAAUGCUUGGUGACUUAUUCUCCUGUUGGGAGAGUUUGGGUCAUUUCCAGUUUUUCCUAUUACAAAUGAUUCUGAAGCAAACAACCUUUUAUGUAUCUCUUUUGUGAGAGAUUCUUUAGGAUGUAUUCCUGGGAAUGAAAGUGCUGGAUAUUAUCAAACUGCUCUUCAAAAUGGUUGUUCCAAUUUACAGUCUCCCCAGCAAUGUAGAAUUCCUGUUACUCCAAAUCUUACCAACACUUGGUAUUGUCAAACUUUAAACAUGUCUGCCAAUCAGAUGGAUGUGAAUGUCAUUGUAAUUUGCAUUUCCUGAUUCCUAGUGAGGUUGAGUAUCUUUUUAUAAGUUGAUGGGCCUGACAGAUUUCCUUUCCUAUGAAAUGCCUCUUCAUGUACUUUGUCCAUUUUUCUGUUGGUUGUUUGCUUUUUAUCAACUUGUUCUUUAAAUAUAUUCUAAACACUCACUGUUAUGUUAGUUAAAUGUGUUGCAUACUUAUCCCAGUCUAUGGUUUGCCUUUUCACUUUGAAGAGAGGAUUUGUUUGCUUGUUUUGUUUUUGUGUGUAAUCAAAUGUAUUAGUCUUUUCCUCAAUGGUUUAUGCUUCUUACAUAUCAUUUACACUCUUUCCCUAGCUGGUGGUCAUUAGAUUCCCUAUGUUUUCUUCUAAAAAGUGUUUAAAUUUCUGUUUGUAACAUUAGGUUUUCUUUUUUUUUUUUUUUUUUUAGGUGGAGUCUCACUCUGUCACCCAGGCUGGAGUGCAGUGGCGCAAUCUUGGCUCACUGCAAACUCUGCCUCCCGGGUUCAAGCGAUUCUCCUGCCUCAGCCUCCCAAGUAGCUGAGACUACAGGCAUGUGCCACCACACCUGGCUAAUUUUUUAUUUUUAGUAGAGACAGGGUUUCAACAUGUUGGCCAGGCUGGUCUUGAACUCCUGAUCUCAGGUGAUCCACCCACCUUGGCCUCACAAAGUGCUGGGAUUACAGGCGUGAAACAUUAGCUUUUUAAUCAACUUGUAUGUGUAUAGUAUAAAGUAGGACCUAAUUUUAAAAAUUUUCUUCACCAUUAGUAAUGGAUAACCAAUUAUCCCAACAUUAUGUAUUGCUAUUUUCAUCCUUUUCCCUCUGAUUGUAAUGCCACCUCUGUCAUAUGUCAAGUUUCUAUUUCUGUAUGGUUCUAUUUCCAGGCUUGCUGAUCUGUUCCACUGGUCAUUUUGUCUAUCUCUAUGCCAAAGCCAUAGUGUCUUAAAUAAUUUAAGUUACAAUAAACUCUUAAUAGCUAGUAGGGAAGGCUGCCUUGUGACCUGUUUCAUCCUCUUCAGGAGUAUCCUGGCUACCUUUGGCCCUUUGUUCUUGCAUGUGAAAAACUCUAUUGGAAUUUAGGUUUGUAUUACAUUUAUUAUUUAAUUUGGGGAGAAUUGAAAUUAUUUUGCUAUUGAUUCUUCCUAUACAUAAAUAUGGUAUAUUGAUUACUUAUUUAAUCUUCUUUUAUGGCUUUCAAUGACACUUUGUCAUUGUCUGCAUAAUUUAAUUACUUUUUAAACUUAUUUUCUUAGUUCUUUUUUGAAAAUUGAAUUUUGUCAUUGCUGCUGAUGUAUGGGAACAAAAUUAAUUUUUCUAUAUGUUGAUCUUGUAUCCUGCAACUUUGCUGAAUCCUCUUUUUUGGUUUUUGCAGAUUAUUUUAGAUUUUCAGAGUAAGAUAGCCAUAAUAUAUUCAAGUGAUUAUAGCUUUAUUUCAUUCUUUCCAUCUUAUUCUUGCCUCACUGCACUGGCCAGGGCUAUAUUGAAUAGGGGCUGAAUAAUAGUCAUCUUUGUCUUAUUCCCUUAUUCCAGGGAAAUAUUUUUAGUUUUUCACAACUUCAUGUGAUGUUUUUGGUAGGUUUUUGGUAGAUAACUUGUUAAAAAUGAGAUUAGGAAUUUCUGUUUCUAUUUGGUAAGAAUUUCCACUUGUGUAUGUGUGUUUUUAAUCAAUGGGUAUUUAAUUAUUUUUGUAUGAUUUUUCUGCAUCUAUUGAGAGAAUAAAUAUAUUUUUAAUCUUUUAUCCUUUGUCAACAUGCAAAUUAUAUUUAUAAUUUUCUCUAACGUUUUAAAUUAUCCUUGUUUUAUUUGGGAAAAAAACCCCCACCUAGAGGGAAUAAAUUCCAACUUAGUCAUUUAAACAACAUUGCUGAUUUGGUUUGCUGACCUUUACUUAGGAUUUUUGCAUUUAUACUUACUAGUGAAAUUGGCUUAUAAUUUUUAUUUCUUAUACUGCCCAAGGUUUAACAUGUUUCAAAAUGAACAGGGUAACAUUUCUUCUUUUUCUGUUUUCUGGAUCAAUUUGUGAAGGACUGGAAUUAUAUGUUCUCUGAAUGUUUGAUAGAACUCACCUGGGAUUUUUUUGAUGAAGGCUAGCGAAGAGGAGGGUAUAUUUAAGUUUUAGUUACUAUAGGUCUAUUCAGGUUUUUAAUUUUUUCUUAAAUAUGCUGUAUCAUGGCUGGGCACGGUGGCUCAUGCCUGUAAUCCCAGCACUUUGGGAGGCCGAGAUGGCUGGAUCAUGAGGUCAGGAGUUCGAGACCAUCCUGGCUAACAUGGCGAAACCCUGUCUCUACUAAAAAUACAAAAAAAUUAGCCGGGCGUGGUGGCGGGCAUCUGUGGUCCCAGCUACUUGGGAGGCUGAGGCAGGAGAAUGGCAUGAACCAGGGAGGUGGAGCUUGCAGUGAGCCGAGAUCGCCCCACUGCACUCCAGCCUGGGUGACAGAGCAAGACUCCAUCUCAAAAAAAAAUGCUGUAUCAUAUAUAUAUAUCAGCAUAUUUAUAAGUAUCCAAAUUAAUUCUUCUAAGUAUCAAAAUUAAUUGCCACAGACAUUUCAUAGAGUUCUCUGAUUUUUAAAAAAUGUCUACUCCACCUAUAAUUAUGUUCAACUUUUCUUUCUGAUAUUGUUCAUUUGUACCUUUAUCUUUUUUCUUUAAUAUUGCCAAAGGUCCCUAUUUUAUUAGUUUUUGCAGCAUAUUUUCAUUGUCAUUCAUUUCUAUAUCUUAUCUAACAAUAUUUCUUAUUUGACAGAUGUAUUAUUUAGAAGUACAUUUAAAAUUUCUAAACAUCUCUGGCUUAGAGUUGCAAAAUAAAAUUCUAAACAUGUUUUUUCAGUAA